GUAUAAUACCCACAACUGUAGUGCAUGAUUAACUGAAAACCCCUUUGGUCUCAAGUGGCAGGCACGAAGGCCAGUGAACAUUUUUGAAAAUUUGAAUUUGUGCAGUAUAUAUUAUAAACAUCAAGGUCAUAAUCUCAAUGGAGCUUUGCAAUUAUUUAUCUUUCCAGUAAGGGAUUGGAGUAGGAGCACUGAACAUAAUUUUGUGUUGGAGAGGCUCUUUGCAUUUCUUAAAUUGCUUCUGACAGCCCCACACUGAGGAUUGACUGAUUGUUUGUGCUUUGCAUGGUGCCCUGUUGUCUCACAUGCAUUUUACCACUGAAGAAACUUGAGAAAAAUGUGAGUUAAUCUUGAUGUUCCAUUAUGCAUCUUCAAUAAGUAGUGAAUGUUGUGCAAGUUGGUCCCUUUUAACAUGGGGUUUAUUUUGUAGUUGUAAUUCAUUGUUCCACUGGGAAGCCAUGGAGUGUGAGCACAUUUAUGUUUUUUUAUUGUUCAAUUUCCAGAAUGCUUGUAUUCUUGAGGUUCACCUUAGUUUAAAUAUUGCUCUUCCUUGAUAGCUGCCAGAGAAUGUCAAUCGACUAUUUUGGAAAAUUCCAUACAAUAUUUGUUCAAGUUGUAUUUACAGAAUCAAAAUGUGGCUUUAUAAUGGUCUGUAUUGUAUGUUCUAUAUUUCAAAUAAUACCUUUAAUGUUUGUUUAGUUUUAUUUCAUAUUUCAAUACCUUCAGCGCAGACUUCUAAUAUAUCAGAGGGCAUAUUGUUUCAACUAAGAAAAAAGAACAAUGCCACAAGUCUCCUUUCUUCUAUAAACUUGGAGUUGAUUAAUUUCUAAUAAAUUUUGUCUCUAAUGUCUUUCAGGAAUUACAUGAAUGACAGUCUGCGCACAAGUGUAUUUGUCCGGUUUAAGCCAGAAACCAUAGCAUGUGCAUGCAUCUACCUUGCAGCUAGAGCUUUACAAAUUGUUUUACCAAAUCGCCCUCAUUGGUUUGUGCUUUUUGGUGCAAAAGAAGAGGAAAUCCAGGAUAUUUGCAUCACGACUUUGAAACUUUAUACCCGAAAGAAGCCUAACUAUGAGCAUGUGGAGAAAGAAGUAGAGAAGAGGAAAGUUGCAUUACAGGAAGCUAAAUUAAAAGCCAAAGGAUUGAACCCUGAUGGAACUCCUGCACUUUCCACUUUGGGAGGCUUCUCUCCAGGUUCUAAACCUUGUUCACCCAGAGAAGCUAAGUCCGAAGACAAGACGCCUGGAAUUCAGAAUGCUAAAGCAAUCAAAAAGGAGCCUGAAGACCGUCAGUUGAACUCUAAAAGUCCAUACAACGGGCUGAGAAAAGAAAGUAAACCAAGCCGAAACAGUAGGAGUGCCAGUCGUUCAAGGUCACGAACAAGAUCAAGGUCCCGUUCACCACGAAGGCACUAUAAUAGAAGAAGUAGAUCUGGGACUUACAGUUCCCGAUCAAGGAGCAGAUCCCAUAGUCACAGCAUGUCCCCUCGUCGACGUCACAAUCAUGUAUCACCGCACAUCAAAUCAAAAUCUCAUCGCGGUGAGGAAACAAAAAUUUCUAUAAGGCAUGGUCACAAGAGGAAGAAAUCACAUAGUAGAUCCCAUAGCCGUAGUAAGUCCAGGGAGCGUUGUGAUCUUGUAAAGAAACGACGUCAUGAAAAAGAGCAUCAUAGGGACAGACAUGAGCGGUCGCAUUCUUAUGAAAGAUCCCAUAAAAGUAAACAUCAUAGCAGUAGUCACUCAGGACAUAGUAGGCAUCGUCGGUAAAUACUAAGUUAAUUUAAUUACAAUACCUAAAUGUAAUUACUUUGUGUAUAGAAUAUUGACUUGUAAAUGAUGCUUUUUAUAAGUGGUUUGUUUAAAAGGUUACUUGGUUUAUGCAAAGAUCAUUAAUGGGAAAACAAAUGGAAAAAUUUUUGCAUAUUUUCAAAAAUACUUUAUUUGACUGUAUAAUUAACCAUGGACAAAUUUAUGUAUGCAGAGCUUUUCUCUAUUCUACAGAAUUUGAAAGGAGUUUGCUGUAGAUGUAUACCUUAUUUUUAUACAAUGAAAAUGGACACCGGGUAUAUUUAAAUAUGAGUUCAUUUAUUAAAACUGUGGUGAUUACUUUGUUAGACUGGUUUUUAGUCUGCAUGUGGUCAUACAUUUUUUUACAGAAAAUAAAAAAAAAUGAAAAGCU